AAUUCUGUCCCCCUUGGUGUCACGGUCUCAACAUGGCUUCUGCGGCACGCAGAUUAUUAUUUCAGAGGUCGACUGCGGGAUUUUUGUUUUCUUCUAGGGCAAAACCCGCUAUCUCAAGUCCAUUUCUAACUCGCGGUCACAGAUUAAUACCUGGGGAUGAGGAGUUCUAUCAGCGAACCACAGUUUCCUUCAUAAAGAAGGAGGACGACAGUGGGAUCCAGAUCCACAGCUACAGUCCAACAGGCUUUAACAUUGAUGGCCAUGAGGUGUUUGGGCCCUGCGCUUUGUUGCUUCCUGGCAUUCUGCAGUGGAAUGUUGGUAGUUAUAAAGACAUAACAGAAGAAAGUGUUUCCCUUUUCCACUUGAUUGAACCAAGAUAUGAGAUUCUUGUGCUGGGAACUGGAGCUCAGAUCGAACAAGUUAACCCCUCGGUUGUUGCGUUUUUGAGGCGUAAAGGCAUCGCUGUGGAGGUGCUGGACACACCGAACGCCUGUGGAACUUUCAACUUUUUGAACACUGAGCACAGAUUGGUCGCCGCUGGUCUGAUUCCUCCGAUUCCUCCCUCUCUGACCUCAUCACUGGACAUUAAAUUUAAAUAAAUGGGAUGUUGGUGAUAACAUGAGACUUGUACAAAAAGCUUCCAAAGAGUCUGAGCAAAUAUAUCCAGCUUUAGUUCUUACAGUGACUUGGAUGUGUUUUUGAAGCAGCAUCGUCACCCGAUGAGCCGAAACAAUGGCUCGUUAUCACUAAGCACCUGCUUGAGGCGAUUCUUAAAUGUUAAACAAGUUUAGUUGCAUUUCUUUGUGUUUUGUUUCUAUAAAAUGUUCAUGAGAUGUUUGAACAUUCAGCGUUUGAGCAGAAAAACGUUCCACGUUCAGAGAAGCGAACGCAGCCGUCUGCCUAAAACGAACAGAUGCUGUGAGGAAAUCUUGAAGUGAAGAUCACUGAUGAUGUCAUAACGCAAGACCAUAUUCUUCUGUUUAAAUGUUGUUGUUUUUUUUUAAAAGAAUUAUACUGUGUUUAGUGAAUACAUAGUUUAUUGUGUUCUUGAAACUAGUAUAAAUUCAUUUCCAAGCCUACUCAGCAUUCUGUUUGUCAUUUUACAUCUGCACGGGAGCAGUUAAAACAUCUGUUAUGUACAUAGGUU